AUCAAGUUACAGGAGCGAGAACAAGUAUACCACUUGGUGACUGAAAGGCAGUGCGAGGGGAGCACACUGAUCGUAAUUCCAGCUCAGUGGAGAAUCUCUCCACAACUAUUUCUUCAGGCAGAUUCCAACUAGGAUUGCAGGGAGACAGAGCAAAGCUUAAAUGCCAAGUGUGGCCUUUUGUGUGAGGCCGAGCUGGACAUGUCACGCGUCUCAUCGUCCGCGACCAAGCGAAUCGGGAGCUACUCAAGCAGCACGUUCACCAGUCCCCACUAUGUCUCCUCAUACCAUGGCUACAACCCCAGUCUGGGCAGUGCCUAUACAGACAGGGACAAGCUCAUCAACAAGCCAGCGUACACCAGCUGUGUCCCCCGCGUCAAUUCUGGGAGAGCAGCAAACAAGUACGCUCUAGAGGUCGACCGGGGUCGGCCACUGCCUCGCCCUGAGGUAUUCAGCAGGCGCAGCGAGAGCUUGAGUCGGGCCCCCUUCAAGGCCUUUCCCAGCGGGUUAAGUGGUGGGUACUCCACCAAUUACAGCAUAGGGAGCAGCCAUUCCACAUACAGCUCACCUGGAUGGCCCCUGAGUCGCAGAAAGUCCAUCAGCCAGACAGACUUGAACCGGGACCUGCUGAACCUCCACAUGGUGGACGCCUACCAGAUAAACACUGUGAAGAGCCCCCCACUCUCUCGGCAUGAGGUGGACUUGCACCAGGGGUCCCGCAGGAGUGAUAUUGCAGACCCUUACUGCACCAGGGGAUCCGGUGCUUAUGCCCUGCCCCGCAGCAUGACGCAGGAGACUAUAACUGCUUCCUUCAGGAGCACGGACCACUUCAGCCCAGCGUGGGGAAGGAGUGGGAGCAGCAGCAGUUGUGGGUCACCCGUCCGAGAGACACCAAAUUCUAAAACCAGCCAGGGCCUUGUGGGACUUCGGAAUCUGGGCAACACUUGCUUCAUGAAUUCCAUCCUGCAGUGUCUGAGCAACACUCGGGAGCUGCGAGACUAUUGUGUCCAAAACAUCUACCGGCGAGAACUCAACAACCAGAGUCGUACCAACAUGGCACUCAUGGAAGAAUUUGCAAAGCUGCUCCAGGCUCUUUGGACAUCCCCCAACAAUGACCCCAUCAGUCCUUCUGAAUUCAAAACACAGAUACAGAAAUAUGCCCCACGAUUUGUGGGUUAUAACCAACAGGAUGCCCAGGAAUUCCUCCGUUUCUUAUUGGAUGGCCUUCACAAUGAAGUGUACCGAGUGCUGGUGCGGUCUAAAGCUGGGAUGGAAGAUUUGGAUCAUCUGAAUGAUGAUGAGAAAGGCAGAAGAAUGUGGAAGAAAUACACCGAGAGAGAAGACAGUAGGAUUGUAGAUCUCUUCGUGGGUCAGUUAAGAAGCUCCCUAACCUGCAAUGAGUGCGGCUACUGUUCCACAGUCUUUGACCCUUUCUGGGACCUGUCACUACCUAUCUCAAAGAAAGGCUUUGGUGAAGUUUCAUUGAUAGAUUGUCUGCGACUGUUCACCAAAGAGGAUGUUCUGGAUGGAGACGAAAAACCGAUAUGUUACAGAUGCAAAGUCCGAAGAAGAUGCACCAAGAAGUUCACAAUCCAGAAAUCCCCAAAGAUCCUUGUGCUUCAUUUGAAACGAUUUUCUGAAGCACAGAUUCUUACUAGUAAACUUUGUACCUUUGUAAAUUUCCCACUGAAGGAUCUAGACCUUCGGGAGUUUAGCUCUGACAACAGUGUUCACGCAGUUUACAAUCUCUAUGCCGUGUCCAAUCAUUCAGGCACCACCGUGGGUGGCCACUAUACUGCAUAUUGCAAAAACCCGCAGUCUGGAGAAUGGUACAACUUCAAUGACUCCAGGGUAACCCCAAUGUCUUCAAGCCAGAUAAGAACAAGUGACGCCUACGUUUUAUUCUAUGAACUCUCCUGCCCUUCCUCUCGGAUAUAACGAUCUCCGGACAUGAAAGAAUGGGGAAAGAAAAGCAGCUUUUUUAAAAAAAAAUCAAGAACCGUCUUACACCAAUGGCAAUAUUUUUAAGUGAUCUCUUCUGUCCUUGAUAUCAUAAACAACACGAAAUCCCUGCCUACUGCAGUGAAGCUAUGUCAACGAGAUGCUGAACCAAUCAACAUCCAGGUGGAUUACACCAAGCCUGAAAGGGGAAAAAUGGGUGGAGGUGGGGAUGAUUGUUGGCAGAAGGCUACACAAAGGGCUGUUUCUGAAACUAGGUGAUCACCCUGCUGCCAUUGACAAUUCUUUUUCCAAAGUACACACCAGCAUCUGAUGCAGAGCAACUCAAACUCAGAUCAACAACUUACUGAUGAAAUGCCAUUCACAGCAGUGAACUGCUGGGGCUGCUGAUUCUGUACCAGCGUCUCUCCUCUCCGUACUGUCUUGGAGUACGUUUAUUUCGGAAGGCAAAAGUUUUCUUUCAAGUCUUUUGAAACAUUAAAACCAUGAAUUGUUACAGAGACUGAUAACCUCUGAGUUGCAAGCAGGAAAAUUGGGCUCAGGAGAAUAUUUAAGUUUAUUUAUGUUUUAUUUUUGGUUCUGUUGCAGUGACUUGCCUGUGACACAUUGGUUAGAACCAUCAUCAGCUGAGGGACAAAUGUUCCCAGGUGCACGAUCUGCUUUCUCAGACUGGGAACUUUUUCUCCUCCUACUGUUUCUGUAAUUCAUGCAUUUUUUUAAAGAAAAAAUUUUCUCACACUUCAUAAAAUAUGAUUUCUGAUCUAACUUUCUAAGUUUAGCUGUUAAUUGAAGAGAUGUGCACUAUUUACGUGGACUGACAGGAGUAACAUUUAUUUGCCUGCAUUAAUUACUUCUAUCUCCAAAUCCAGCAGGGAGUUUUCUCUGAUCCAUAUUUGGAGCUGAACUAUCACACAGAGUUUGAUUAUAGCUAAGAAAGACCUAGCCUCGUCACGGUAGGGAAUCUUUCUUAAUAACAAGUCUUUGUCCUUUCAAACAAGGAUUCUAAGUUUCUGAUUAGAACAUUGGUACCAAGACAACCAACCACCUUAUGGGAUAAAUGGUUCUAGCUUUUCUCAUUUCUUCCCAGUGAGAAGCUUGUCCACCAGAACAUUGAGUAGAUGGUCACCAAAAUUCAGGCAGUUUUUAUCUUAGCUCAUCUCAAGUCCAUUACAGGAAGCAUUCUAUAGUGACCUUCUCUCUUGACUUUUGGCAGCCUCUUUCUUCUCUCUCCUUAUUCCCCAAUUACCCAGCCACCUUACUCCUAAAAGAAUGUGCGGCACAUUCAAAACGUGGAUAGCAUGUCCUUUGUUGCCGUUUGUUCUCCAUACCUUCCUUACUUUCCCCCCCUUCAGUUCCUUAAUAUACACCUCAGUUCAGGAAAAUGGGGCAUUGGGUUAAGAAUUUAACCAACUCAAUUUAAUUGCAGGCCAGUACUGGAUUCCUGUAGGGAUUUUAACUAUGUCAAGACUUCUUGCCCCUGAUGCAUUGCGUACCUUCCCGAUUCCUGUUUUAACAAACUACUGACAACAGAUGUUCUAUCAGGUCAUUUUAGCUGGAUUUAAAUGUUGCAUUCUUAACAGAUUUACUUUGGUUUUGACCCCGCUUCCAAUUCUAGUGGUGAAUAUGUUAAUUUGAUCUGUGAGGGAAGAGGUUAUAUGGAAUCAGACAGAUUAGUUUCAGUGGAAACGGAUUGCAGAGAUUGUGGUAUUGAAAGUGAUUUGAAGCAUCUCCUUUCCAUGACAUUCUGUGAUCGGGACUUUUUUUUUGGCUACUCUUCCCGAGCUGUGAGUUUUGAUCCGUCCGAAUGUGAUUUCAGAAAUCCGCUCACUGACCAGUGACACUUAGCACUUUGAUCAAUCACUAAACAUUUUCUUAAAAAAGCGAAAAAGAUGCUCUCAUCGCUGUGUCUUUUAUGUUUCAAUGAGAGCGGAUGGGGUAUAAAUAUCCACUGCUUUCGACCCAUUAUUACCUCCUUUUCUCCGUCUCCUGUCUCUCGCUGUAUUCGGAUUGAUUGUGUGUUCAGCCAUUUCCUUUCCGCUUUGUCUAUGCCUAUCCACCCGUCUUCAAUUUUCCCGGAUUGUUCUACAGUGCCCCGAAUCACAUCUGUCUACUGCUAUACAUUUUCCAGCACGAUAUUGCUACCAGGUCUGCCUAAAACUUCAAAGCACCUCCGACUACAGUAAGAGAGGGGACAAAUUUAACGUAAUGUGCUCGCCUAUUACUCAAACUCCCCCUCAAAUGUCGUCAUCUUAAUAGGGCUUUUUAAUUAUAAGAUAUUAAAGAAGACUCGAGUUUCAAACGUGUUAAUUUUUAACUAUUAAAUGCAUGGAGACGUGAUGACUGUUCUCUUUUGAUAUGUCGUGGGUUUAUGGAUUUAUCUUGUUUACUGUGUAAACAAGCACUGGAUUUAUUUUAUAUUAUGUACAGUGAGGAGUUGUACAUAGAAAAUUAACUAUAUAGAGUAUCUAGAAUAACAGCUGUGUGUAUACAUGCGCAGUAUAAAUAUAUCUAUAUUUAAAAACUUGUGUCUUGGGAUGACAGCCUGAUGAUUGGGUGCUAAACAGCCAUCUUAGCCCUUGAUACCCUCUGAAAACCUGUUUGGUGUUUGUGUAAUUUAAAAGGAAGAGCGUUCUUUUUGAAACUGGACCCUCUCGGUUUUCGAGGAAUGUUGCUUGGGCUAGUUUGCACGCUGUUCCCAGGCAAGGUUAUGUACGGUACGUUGAACUUGGUGCAUUAUUUUUGUUAUUUUAAUCGCCUUGACUUCAUUCUGCUCCCCCCUCCUCCUCCACCACCACCCUAAGAUCAAUAACGUGUGGGUGUGUGUAUGUGUAUAUAUUUGUUUCAGUCACGAUAUUGUAACCAGUGCAAGGUUCAGUAUCUCUACAAUUAAGUUCUCCAGAAGAGACCAUUUCUGGAACAUGGAGGUGGGUCACGAGUCCUUUAGAAUCAAAUAGUGCACGUUUGAUUAUUACACAAAAGCCGGGGCCGGCGCUUGCUUUGACGGCACUAUUGAUCAGAGGGUUUCUGACUGUGCCGAACCAAUCUGCAUUUCGGUCACAAUACUAUGUUCCGGGCCCACAGAAACUAGAUAAAAUAAAUCUCAAGGCAAGGUUUACAGAUCGUGGAAACUGCUGUGUAAAAAAAAGGGUUUUAUUUUUCUUUUGAUAUAAAUCUUUUAAUCGUCAUUUGGGAUCUGUCCUGCCCGAGAAUCUCAACGUUCAAAAUAUGAAGGUAUUUACAGGAAGAUUAGAGUUUUUGGUUACCCAGAGAAUGGCGAGCAUCUGGAAUUUACUGUCUGCAGAUGUGAUAUAAUGUGACUCUUGACACAUUUGUAAAACACCCAAUUGCACAUUGAAGAACCGUGGCCUGCAAAUUGGCCCCUAAAGCAAGAAGCAGAGAUUGGGCGGGUGGCACUUUUUUCGACUGGCAGGGACAUGGUGAACCCAAUAGCUUUCUAUUCUAUCCCUAAUUUUCCAGAAUUCCGCUUGACAGCAAAGCUCUAAUUUUAGCAUGUCCGUUAACAGUGCAUCGAGUUCACAGGCCAUCGCAGGGAGGCAGAGGAUGAGCAUUAUGAAGUCCCCAUGGUAGUAUUUAUUCCUGCCUGGUUUGCAGAGCACCACGAACGUAAGGUGCUUUGCCGCUUGGCUUUUUACAGUGGCAAAGGUUGGGGGCGGUAGAGAGAGGAGACAACUCCGGGCUGAAUGUGCAAUGAUUAUGGAUCUCGAUCUGUGAACAGCGACUGCCCGGGUGCUGUGAAAUUUAUGCAAAUUAUAGUCAGCUGAUUUUCUCACAUUCAGCCACACUCCUUAACUAUCGGUAUUAAUUUAUUGUAUUGUUUUCUUUUAACUGGAAUGUUCUGUAACAAAAAACAAAUCGUGGAAUCUGCACAUUACUAUUAAAGCGGUGCACCAAUGGUGAAUAUGUUUAAGAUCACUAAAGGGCGUACGCAUGUAUUUUUUAAGACCACUUUUGAUGAAAAUAAAGCACUGAAUAUUAAACAACUGAUUUU